GUUUAUUCCGUCCGCUGGGAUAGACAAACUUAGGUACGGUGUGUACGUACCUUACCCUCGCAACGAAGCUGAACUCUUCGCUGUAUGUCAUAAUUUAACUCAGUACUAUGUAAGGUAACGCACGAGAAGUCGGUCGCAGUCAGUGACUACCGGCACCUAGCUUGCUAUGAUGCGAAAGCGAGUUGCGAAAGGCUAGCGCAGGACGUUGCCGAGCGUAAAAUACUUAUACUACUAGUUUAUGACUGAAAGAAGCGGGUUCCGCUUCAGGGUGUCUUCAUUUUUUUGGUGACGGUACCGGGAUGUUGCUAGGAGCUAUCCCUCCAUAGGCUGUGGUAAAUGGCAAAGGUGCAUCAGCUUUACUUCUUGUAAGCCACUCCUGCAUAUUACUCCUUAUGCAGCGGACAUAAAGGUGACGUCCACCUCCAGGCGCAUUCCUAGCAGGCUUACGGCAUCCACCUCAGCCAGCAGCAGCUGUCGCCAGCUGUCGCCGGUCGCAUCGGCGGCGGAUGCGGCGGCAAUGGCUGUGGCGGCCGGGACAGCACUUCGAAGGCCUAACUAACACACCUCCAGGGCUGCCAAGUACCGGUAAGCUGACGUAGACCGGGCAAGUCCGCUGGUGCCGGACGUACGCCGCUAGGUAUACCGCGCGAUCGCUGAAGCCAUGGCGGAGAUAGUAAGGACGAGCUCGGCCCCGUCCAUGUGCUGCGUGAAGCCCGAAGACCUGCUGCUGCAAGCCCGUACGCCGGAGCCUGCGGACCACUUCGGUGGAAGGUACGGCAGUGAACCUACCAUGGCAUGCAAGCAGGUGGGCAGCAGGCGCGGGGGACCCCUAUCUACACCAAGCCGGCGGAGCAUUUAACCCGUGUAGUCGUACGGCAACUUGCUGCUGCUGCGGCCCGAACCCUGACAGGAAACCGUGAGCGAGGUGGAGAUGGACUGGGUAGCGUUUCAGUACCGGUGUUUGGGAGCCAUUGGGAAAGUGCUGCAUUACCAUUGAACAAACGAAUUUUCCUCGCGCGCUCUUUUCAUGCAAUGCCUUAGCAUUGCAACUGGCCUACUUCAGGUGACAGGGUUCAAGUUUAACUAUGCAUGCGGGCUUCCUGAUUCUGAAGCAAGUGCAUUUGGUAAUGCUAUCCAUGCAAGCACAAGUAAGCCGCCGUAGCUUUAGCCGGGUAGUCCACGCAUGUAUGGACGUUUUGGGAUAGUUCGUUACGAGGUUUCAUGGUCAGACAAUCCAUCGAGUCUUAUUUAGGCGCUGUAAAUGAAGACCUUUUUACCAGCCCCAAACGCCGCCCUUUGCUCUGCCCACGGCUUUGCUUUUGUGGACUAAUUCUUGACUAGUCAACCCUUCCCAUCCGUGAUAACCAUUAAGCCCAUUCCAUCCAUACGCUCGCCCUUUCACCACUGACAGGGUGACAGCAGGGUCAAGCGGAUGCAGGCAGAUUGGUCUUUAAUGUUCAAUUUUUUACAAUCAUUUGGCGUGACUUGACAGAAGUCGUCGAAUGUGUCCUGGCGAAAAGGCAAUAGCUAGGAGAUGGCGUAAGCACGUGCCUGCAUACGUGCACUACCGGUAGUAACCUUGCAAAACGUGCGCGUAAACUUUCCGACAACAAUUCGUAAUAAUGCCAAGACGGUGCAAAACUAAACAUAUUUAACUGUAAGCAGAAGAUGCUUCGAGCACGCCCGAGCGAUGCAUUGGUGACUGUCCUCGCUCGCUAGUUUGGCUAAGAUUCCAGUCAGCAAAUUGUAGUACUGCUGCAGCAAAGCCUACAUAAACGUGAAGGUAGCAGCAAUUAUUUCAGUGUUAUCGUCACCGUUGUUGGAAUAUAUCGCCCAGUAAGUUCAUCUGCACCUAUCCGUCUUUGAAGAGCGUACCUGCUACAGGCAAAGACCGUCGUGCUCCCGCCUUCGACAUCCAAGAAUGGCCAGGCGGACGGGCCACGGCGCCCCGCUGCUGCUGAUGGCGGCAGUGCUGGCAUCCUUCGUCGUUCUGCUGCUGCCGCUUGCGGCUGCGGACGCCGAGAGGAGCCUCAAGGAGGCCAGCGUCUCCCUGCCGUCGGACGCGGGCUAUGACGGGGGACGCGAGCUCCUUCAGCGCAGGAGGCGCAGCAAGGGACGCGGCCUUCUGGAGAUCGUUGCUGAGCUUAUCGCUGACUCCGCUGCUGACGGGCCCGGCCGUGCCCUGCUGGAGGACGAGAACGCCGACUGGGCCAGGUGGGUUACUUCGCGAACCGGUUGAUUUUAGGGGUGGUCCAUGCUUUACGUGCGUGUGGAUGGGAAAG